AUAUCACAUUAUCUCGCCACCAAACUCCAAACUCCACACAGACAGACCCCAAUCUGCUAAGCAGAUCUCCGAAGCGGCUAUGGACCUCACACCGCAAGAACUGAGCCAAUACAAAGGCACGGACCCCUCCAAGCCCAUAUACGUGGCUAUCAAGGGUCGCAUCUUCGACGUGACGACGGGCAAGUCUUUCUACGGCCCGGAUGGUUCCUACUCGAUGUUCGCCGGAAAGGACGCCAGCAGGGCUCUGGCCAAGAUGAGCAAGAACGAUGAAGACAUCUCUCCUUCCAUCGACGAUCUCUCCGAGAAGGAGAUCGGCGUUCUCAAUGACUGGGAGAAGAAGUUCGAAGCUAAGUACCCUGUGAUUGGCCGUGUUGCUUCUUGAAUUUUCAAUUCCCCACCUAUGUUUGUAAUGGUUUAAUCUCAUAGACACAUAUGAUAUGUAACUAUAUUAUCAUGGGAGUUUACUGUCUUCUGGGUAUCUGUAAUCUUGAUAAAGAUCGAUGUAUCGCAAUCUGAUUGUGGAUCUGGCUUGUAUGUCUAUGACUUUCAGUGGAUUAUUAUGCGUAUUAAUGUUGAUAAUAAAUGCAUAUGGGUUCAUGUGAUCAUGUAAAAUUCGGUUCCUUUUCGUCUAAUGAUUGACAUUGUUGUGUUCUUA